AUGGAAUCGGAAACAGGUACCACGGCAUUGCGACAGCUCGGGCAUGCAGAGAAGUAUUCAACGACACGGAGUCAUCUGGGAAUCUAUCUCAAUGUGGGACUAACGGCACGCUACAAGAGACCAAGGGGAGUGGCUGUUAAACCGGCUCUCUUUCGCGCUCUGUCACAAAUGAUCUGGAAGCAUCCGAUACUUUCUGCCAUCCCCAUAGCUGCCGAUACAACGAGUCCGUAUUUUGUCCGUCUUCCAUAUAUCACACUCAGCAAGGUUGUGGCAUUCGUUGAAGACUAUGGUAACAGUUUGAGCUCGGAUGGGAGGGAGUACCUCGACAAUGUGCUUGAGGAGCAACAUAAUCGUCCUUUCAAGGACCCAACCCUUCCAUUCUGGAGAAUCUGCGUCCUUGAAUACAGCAAAACCCCCACACAUUUCACCCUCAUGCUCAUAGUCCAUCAUUCGUUGAUGGACACACAGAGCGCUCUUUCCGUCCACGAGGAGUUAGAGGGGCUUAUGUCUCAAGAUGCGAGAUACGAACCCGAUGAUACUAUUGAUACUCCUUCUGCCUCGCUCCUACCUCCACUGGAAGACUUGUAUACGCUCACAGUAUCCCAGGAGUUCCUGGAAUCUCAGAAUGCCCAUCAGGAACCUCCUCCCGAUAGCUGGACGGCUGUACCUCAGUCGACACCUGUUAGAACUCGCUUUUCAUCAUUGCUGUUAUCCACAGCUGAAACUAUGGGACUAGCGGCUAUGAGUAAGAAAGAACAGACCUCUGUAACAGCAGCGCUCCAAACAUUGAUUGCAUCGAGCAUAUUUUCGGCCCUUCCGUCCAGAUACCGUACACUGCAGGCUGACUGUGCAGUAUCAUUGCGAAGAUUCCUCCCCGAGCCUAUCAGAGCUACUUCCUUAGGCUGCUACGUCGGUUCAUUAUCCAUGACAUACGGUAGAAUGGUAUCUUUUAACUGGACAGAAGCCCGCCACACAAAGACAAUUAUUGACCAAGAACUGGCAAAGGGAGCAAGUGAUAUGCCAGUCGGAUAUCUGGGCCAUAUUCCAGAUCAACAUGCCUGGAUGCUACAAAAGCUUGGUCGAAGAAGGAUGAGUGCCUUCGAGCUGUCUAAUAUUGGGAAAGUUCCCGCCUCAAGAAAACUGAGCUUUGAAAUCGAAAGUAUAUUGUUCAGUCAGAGUGCUAGCGCGUGCAGCGCUGCAAUCAAGGUCAGUGCCGUUACCGGACGGGAUGGGCUAUUGGCGUUGGGGUUCACCUGGCAAGAAGGGAUCGUGGAGGCCAACAUGAUCGAGCAGAUCAAGCAAACUCUCAAAUGUGAGGUGGACAAACUAGUAUUACAUGGGUAGCAAUGAUCUGGCAUACUAUUAUUGCCGUUUAUUUCUGUGAUCUCGAGCGCUUGUGUAAUCCUCGGGCGAGGUCGAGGUCGAAG